UUCAUUCAAGAAACAAAAAGUCUAAAUCCACUCGUAAGAAUAGAUCUCUUAACUUAAAUAAGUGCAUUUACAAUAUUAUUUAACUGCACAAAUAUAAGUGUAGCCAUGUUUAAAAAUAUGAAAAUACUGGAAUAUUGUCACAAAUAUUGUCAAGACAUAAAGGCAAUGGAAACAUCGGACAAUUUAUUUGAUUUAAGACAAAAUAUUAAAACGGACGUACAAGAGCUUGAUGAAUAUUUAGGCGGUGGUAUCGCAAUAGGCAGAGUUACUGAAUUUGUUGGUUUGUCGGGAACCGGAAAAACGCAAAUGUGUUUGCAGCUCAGCUUAAACGUUCAAAUACCAAAACAAUUUGGCGGCUUGGAAGGCAAAGCAUUAUAUAUAGACACUAGGGGAGAUUUCAAUCCCGCCAGACUGCAAGAACUGGCAAUAGAUCUGGAGAAACGCUUUCUACAUAAAGCUCUAGGCUUUAAAUCAAGCACCAUGAUGAAAAACGUAUAUUACCAAAAUUGUCCAAGCAGUGCUGAGUUAUUUGCUUGCAUCGUCAACUUGAAUAGAUACCUGAACAGCAAUCCCUGUAUCAAACUAAUCCUGGUUGAUUCAUUAGCUUUCUCAAUACGGAUGCUGGAAAACGUGAGGGAUCGAACCAACCUACUCAUGGAACUGCACGCUUUAAUCCAUCAGGUGAUCUGCCAUCAUAAUGUGGCUGUAGUGCUCACUAAUGAACUGGGCUUCUAUCGAAGCAGGCGAAAAUGGAAACUGCGCAGCACCUUAGGUGAAAAGCACACGCAUUUGAUAAAUGAGCGUAUUUGGCUGACUGAAAAUGGAAAUUAUGUUGGGAAAACACUAAAAUUUCGAAAAUUUGUUACUAGUAUUAACGCCAAUUGUGGAUAAUAUAUAACGAUAACAUUUAUCAUGUGCUUAUUUAAAAUUUCUUGGCGAUUUUGACAUAGUGGAGGUGGUAUCGCAAUAGAAAAAGAAGAUACCUGAACAGCUAUCCCAGCAUCAAACUUAUCCUGGUGGAUUCGUUCGCUUUUUCAAUACGGAUGCUGGAAGACGCACGGGAUCAUGGGAUCAGCUGCGCGGUUUAAUCCAUCAGGUGAUCUGCCAUUGUAAUGUGGCUAUGAGUAACUAUUGCAUGUGGUCAGGGCGUUUUAAUGUACACUUAAAAUUUCUAUGUUGUGGUCACUAAUAAGCUGAGCUAUCGAAGCUGGUGAAAAUGGAGACUGCGCAGCCUCUUGGGCGAAAGACACACGCAUUUCAUAAAUGAGCGCAUUUGGAUGAAUAAAAAUUGAUAUUCCGUAGGAAACACACUGAAAUGCCGAAAAUUGGUUGUCAGCAUUAAAACCAAAUGUGAAUAAUAAAAUAAAACGAUAAUAUUUACCAUACGU